AUGCGCAGCUUCAGGGAAGCCACUCUUCUCUCCCUCUUAGCUGCAUCGGGCGUGCUAUCCAGCGAUGUCCACGACCUAAAGACCGACACUUUCAAGGAUUUCGUCAACAGCAAUGAUCUUGUUCUCGCAGAGUUCUUCGCUCCGUGGUGCGGGCACUGCAAGGCUCUUGCCCCGGAGUAUGAGGAGGCUGCUACGACAUUGAAGGAGAAGAACAUACCACUGGCAAAGGUUGACUGCACCGAGGAGGCAGAUCUUUGCAAGGAAUUCGGCGUGGAUGGCUAUCCUACGGUCAAGGUCUUCCGUGGACUUGAUAAUGUCAAGGCAUACUCAGGACCUCGCAAAGCACCAGCUAUUAUCUCGUACAUGACCAAACAAGCUCUACCAGCUGUUUCAACGCUCACUAGCGACACGCUGGAGGAAUUCAAGACGCAAGAUAAGGUUGUCCUCGUUGCUUACUUUGCCUCCGAUGAUAAGACAUCAAACGAAACGUUCUCCAAGGUCGCCGAUUCGAUGCGUGACGAUUUACUAUUUGGUGCCACCAGCGAUGCGGCACUAGCGGAGGCAGCUGGUGUCAAACAGCCAGGACUUGUCAUGUACAAGGAUUUCGAUGAAGGCGUGGCCACAUUUGACAAGAAAUUCACUACAGAAGCAAUUGAGGACUUCGUGAAGACGGCAAGCGUCCCACUUGUAGGCGAAAUCGGACCAGAAACAUACGCCGGAUACAUGGCUACCGGUCUGCCUCUGGCCUUCAUUUUCUCAGAGACCCCCGAAGAGAGAGCCGAGCUCGCCGCAGUAGUAAAGCCUCUCGCGGAGAAGUACAAGGGCAAAAUCAGCUUCGCUACUAUUGAUGCGAAAGCUUUCGGCGCCCACGCUGGAAAUCUCAACCUGGAGGUUGGCACGUGGCCGGCAUUUGCGAUUCAAGAAACCGUCAAGAACCAGAAAUUCCCGUUCGAUCAGAGCAAGAAGAUCACCGAGAAAGAUAUUGGCAAGUUUGUGGCUGACUAUCUCGACGGGAAGAUCGAGCCCAGUGUCAAGUCUGAGCCCAUUCCGGAGAAGCAAGAAGGUCCUGUCACUGUGGUCGUGGCACACAACUACAACGACGUCGUGCUUAACAACGAGAAGGAUGUCUUGGUUGAAUUUUAUGCGCCUUGGUGUGGUCAUUGCAAAGCUCUUGCGCCCAAGUACGAUGAACUUGCUCAGCUCUACACCUCUAAACCUGACUUUAAUGAAAAGGUCACAAUCGCCAAGGUUGAUGCCACCGCCAACGACGUUCCAGAGGAGAUCGCUGGCUUUCCCACCAUUAAGCUCUUUGCAGCCGGCUCUAAAGACUCGCCGAUUGACUAUCAGGGUUCGCGCACGGUGGAGGAUCUUGCCAACUUUGUGAAAGAGAAUGGCAAAUACAAGGUCGACGCCUAUGUGGCGAACGAUACCGAUGAUGCUGAUAUGACAGAUGCUGAAGAGACGAUGGGCAAGCAAGCACCUGCAGCCACUGUCAGUGAUGCUGCCGAAAGCGUCAAGAGCGGUGCUGCUGAGAGCGUGAAGAGUGUUGCCAGCGAGGCAGCAGAGGCGGUUAAGACUGUGGUUUCGGACACCGAUGAUGGUGGAAAGGAAGCUCAUGAUGAGUUGUGA